AGUGGACUUUCUAGUCAUGUCGACAUUUUUUUAUGAUAAUCUAGUCCUCCGAAGGUUCAUAGGCAAUGCUUCCUGGCAUCAUACUCAUAGUAACCGGAAGUCACUUGUGGGUCUCUGAAUUAUAUGGAAACCGAGGAUUAGAGUUAUACGUUGUUCCAGUUAUACCGGGUUAGAUCAUGUCUUCUGAAUCUAUUAAAAAACGUAAACCCAAAGUAAUUCGAACUGAGGAAGGAAAAAGAAAUCGACAUGAUGAGCAGGAGGGGCGAUAUUACAGCGAAGAGGCAGAGGUGGAUGUACGAGAUCCAAAAAUGGAUUACCAGCUGUACAAAGAAACCUGCCAGGAUCUACAGAGGCUGAUGUCUGAAAUACAGGAUCUGAAGAGCAAAGGUAGCAAAGAUGGGGCUGCAGAGAUUGAAGAGAAACGUGUUCAAAGCUGUGUGCACUUCAUGACUUUGAAAAAGCUAAACCGUCUUGCACAUAUAAGACUGAAGAAAGGACGAGACCAGACUCAUGAGGCCAAACAGAAGGUUGACGCACAUCACCUGCAGUUACAGAACCUACUGUAUGAAGUCAUGCAUCUUCAGAAAGAGAUCACCAAGUGUCUGGAAUUCAAAUCAAAACAUGAAGAAAUUGAGCUUGUGAGUGUAGAAGAAUUUUACAAAGAUGCUCCUCCUGAGAUCAGCAAACAAGAUAUUACAUUCAAUGACCCUCAUCAGCAGACUUUGGCUCGUCUGGACUGGGAGCUGGAGCAGAGAAAAAGGCUGGCAGAGAAAUACAAGGAUAGCUUGGCCAGCAAAGAGAAGAUCCUGAAGGAGAUAGAAGUGAAGAAGGAAUAUUUGAGCAGUCUGCAGCCUCAGCUGCACAGCAUUAUGCAGGCCUCACUGCCCGUUCAAGAAUAUCUGUCCAUGCCGUUUGACUGUAUGCACAAACAGUAUGAGAUAGCCCGUCACCUCCCAGCACCACUCUAUGUGCUGUUUGUACAGACCAGCGCCUACAGCCAGGCAUGUGCCCACAUGAAGAGUUCUGCCCAGCCCUAUAGGCAGGACAAGAAGUUGGUGGUUACCAUAGAAGGAAGUGUGGAAGAGGCAAGAGCUUUAUUCAAACCUCCUGAAGAUUCUCAAGAUGAUGAGAGCGAUUCAGAUGCAGAGGAGGAGCAGACAACGAAGCGAAGGCGUCCAACUUUAGGAGUUCAGCUAGACGAUAAGAGGAAGGAGAUGUUGAAAAAACAUCCACUGAGUGUGUCUCUGGUUGUCAAGUGUAAAGAUGGCAGUGCACUUCAUCUGGACUUCUACUUUUUAAUGAAUCUCAAUAUCCUCACUGUUAAGGCCAAAGUUAUUACAGCCAUUGAGCUUUUAAGUGCCAUAAGUGCAGGGGAACUUUUAAAUCCAGAUUUAAUGCUGAGCUGCCUUUAUCCUGGUGAUGAUGGGAAGAAAACGCCAAAUCCAGCCAACAGAUACCAGUUUGAUAAAGUAGGGAUUUUGUCGUUGAGUGAUUAUAUUUCAGAGCUGGGACACCCUUAUUUAUGGGUGCAAGCAAUGGGAGGAAUCGGCUUCCCCACAGACCAGCCUCAGCCUUCAAUUGCGGCUGACAACAGUCUUAGUGCCAGUCACAUGGAAAAGACCAUCAACCUUUUAAGGUCCCGGUUGCUCUCCCGCCUCUCUUUGCAUCGGCAGUUUGCCUCUCUGGAGCAUGGAAGUAUCCCAGUAUCUUCAGAAUGUCAGUCCCUGUUCCCAGCCAAAGUGGUAUCAAAGCUGACAAGGUGGAAUGUCAUCACCUAUGAGGAUUAUCUGACACUUCCUUACACUAAGGAUGUAGUAGAAUAUGGGCUAGCCCAAGACACUCAUCAGUACUACUCUUUGCUUAUCGAGAGAGGGACAGCUAAACUGCAUGCAGCUGUGGUUAUUAACCCUGGUUACUGCUCCAUCCCGCCUGUGUUCAGCCUCUGUCUGAACUGGAAAGGUGAACGGAGCUCAAGCAAUGAUGAGAAUAUCCGGGUCAUGGAGAGCGAAGUAAAUGUUUUCUUUAAAGAGCUGUUGGGCCCCCUGCCUGGCUUCCAACUUCUCACAAACCAGCUGCAGAGACUCUGCAUGUUGCUAGAUGUCUACUUGGAGACAGAACGUCAUGAUAAUAGUAUAGAGGGGCCCCAUGAGUUCCCUCCAGAAAAAAUCUGCCUGCGUCUAGUUAGGGGUCCUAGUCGUACAAAGCCUUUUAAAUAUAACCAUCCUCAGGGGUUCUUCAGUCACCGCUGAUCUUCUGACCCUGUCACAAGUCUCUUGGAUGUCUCACCUUCCUUAUGUAGAUGAUUAUUAGUGUCAGUAUACCUGUUAUUUCAUUAUUGUGUUCUAGACCAAAAUAAAAUAUUUUUCAACUA